AUGCUUGCGCUAUCACUGCUCAAGGACUUGCAUCUUGCUUUCGUCAUGAUGUCCCUAAUGGCAGGAAGUGCAGGGGUUGCCAUAGCAGAUGUGACUAUUGAUGCCUGUGUGACAGAGAACAGUAUAAGUCAUCCUUCUCUUGCUGGUGACAUGCAGAGCUUGUGUGGAGUCAGCUCUUCUAUUGGGGCUAUAAUUGGAUUCACAAUUAGCGGCUUUCUUGUUCACCUAAUUGGGCCUAAGGGUGUUUUUGGGCUGCUAAUUAUCCCAGCCGGGCUGGUCAUUUUGGUUGGAAUGAUGCUUCAAGAAUCUCUUGUCCUCAACUUUACCUACAAGCGGGUGACCCAAAAGUUUGUGGAUACUGGUAAGGCUAUGUGGAUGGCACUGAAAUGCCGGGAUGUUUGGAGGCCAUGUUUAUACAUGUACCUGUCACUUGCGUUGAGUUUGAGCAUUCAUGAGGGAAUGUUCUAUUGGUAUACAGAUGCAAAAUCAGGCCCAUCUUUCUCACAGGAGGUUAUUGGGUCCAUAUCAUCUGUGGGUGCAAUUGGUUCCCUUUUGGGAGUUCUUCUAUAUCAAAAUGUUUUUAGAAACCAUCCUUUUCGUCGUGUACUAUUCUGGAGUCAGUUGCUGUUUGGUGCUUCAGGGAUGCUGGAUUUGAUAUUAGUCUCUCGGGUAAACUUGAGAUUUGGUGUGCCAGAUUAUUUUGUUGCCGUGAUUGAUGCAGCCAUUUCAUAUAUGAUUGGGCGUCUCAAAUGGAUGCCUCUUCUCGUACUUAGUUCCAAGCUUUGCCCCUCCGGAAUAGAAGGCACUUUCUUUGCUUUGCUCAUGUCAAUUGAUCAUGUUGGGAUGCUCACAUCCUCGUGGGUCGGAGGCCUCUUAAUCCACGCCUUGAACAUUACGCGAACACAAUUUGACAACCUUUGGGUGGCAGUUGUAAUCAGGAGCCUUUCAAGAAUUCUUCCAAUUGGGCUUCUAUUUUUGGUGCCUAGUGGUGAUCCCAAUGUGUCUAUUCUUCCAAAUGAGAUGUUGAGGGCAAAAAAGGCGAUGAUAGGCUGGAGCCUGAUAAUACGGAGAUGGUCUCCCUUAUCAACAACAUUUGACCAGAUACUAGCUAACAGUUUGCAACUAAAAGAGGGGCCGAGUGCACAAGACUUCUGCCACAACAAUGUUCGAUGGAAAAUGCCGAUCUCGGGGAGAUGGCUCGGUAGUUUUGAGAAGUCAUUCUUCCUAAGAUUUACUUCCAAGCCCCAUAUCAGAUACCAUCAUCUAUAUGAACAUCCAGUAAUUUUGGUUUCCAGGAAUUUGUAGUAUUGAGGCAUCUUGGUUUUGGCUCUGUUAAAUUUAGCUCAAGCAAAGCAAGUGGCAUCAUUUUCUAGCUGGAUUCCUGGUGAAAUUUUAUAAAUGUGAAUGCUAAGAGUAAUUUAAGUGGUACGAGAGAUGAACCGUAAAUUUAGAUUACAUUACAUGAAUUUCAAUCUUAAUAAUUUUUUAAAAUUAAGUCAUG